CCCUGCCCCAUACUGAUAACGGUGCUCCCGCAAGCUUGCCUCCCGCCACACUGACGACUGGCAGCCAUGAUCACUCUCAGGGCUGCCAGGCAGCUCAGUGCUACCCUGCCGCUGCGUAGGCCGCUCGCCCCCUCGCACUCUUUCUCGUCUUCCACUUUGAGGUCCAAGGAUGACAUUCCUGGCCUCUUCGCUACACUCCCACACGAUAAAUUUCCACCCAAAGAGCCUGCGAUGCAAGUAGAUCAUCUGGUCAUAGGAGCAGGUGUCGUCGGCUUGGCCAUCGCUUCACACCUCUGCAAGCGCUACCCAGACAAAUCGACAUUUCUGGUCGAGCGCCACGUCCGUGCGGGCGAGGAGACGUCUUCACGUAAUAGCGAAGUGAUUCACGGCGGCCUCUACUAUCCUGCAGAAAGUCUCAAGACAAUGCUGUGUCUCAGAGGCAGAGAAAUGAUGUACAGAAGAUGCGAGGAGUGGGGAGUGCCCUUCAAGCAGACAGGCAAGCUUGUAGUCGGGCCCAGGGAGUCGAAAGAGUACCUUGAGGGCAUGCAGAAACACAUCAGCACUCUUGGCCCACUGGCCCCGCCAGUGAGGCUACUUAGUGGCGCAGAGGCAAAAGAGCUGGAGCCGGAUAUAUCGUCCGAGAUCGGCUGGGCUCUCCUGUCCGAGAGGACGGGCAUUGUCUCCAGCCACGAGUUGAUGGACUCGCUCGAGCGGGAAAUCCUGGACUCUGACAGCGCCGAACUUGUGUACGACACCGAGGUGGUGAGGAUAGAUCCUCACUUGCCAGAUCGCAGUGGUACGGCUGCAAGCGGGAAGCGAGGCUCAGAUGAUAGCUCGGAGGGCUGGGUCGUGCAGACGAGUACUGGGGACCAGGCCGAGCCAGAUGCUAUUCUAGCCAGAGUAGUCAUCAAUUCGUCCGGCUUGAACGGGCAGCUUGCACUCAAUGCCCUGCAGGGUGAUAAGCGUUUCGCAGAAGGAACUGAACGCAUGGGCAUGUGGUACUCCAAGGGCAACUACACGUCGUACAAGGGUCCUGGGGUCAAGAAUGUGAAGCGGCUAAUUUACCCAGUGCCUUCUAUGACUAAGGGAGCACACAGCCAUGAGAGUCUAGGCACUCACCUCACUCUAGAUAUGGAAGGCAAUAUCAAAUUUGGACCGGACUCGGAGUGGCUCAAACCCCCUUCCUCGUCCUCAAGCGUUGACUUCUGGAGAUCUGCUCUUGCUCCUAGCUCAUCAGAUGAUCACCUGAAGCGCAUGCACCAGAGCAUCACCCAAUUCCUACCCGACAUAUCUCUGGAAGGCUUGGCUCCCGACUAUGCAGGUAUCCGGCCUAAGCUGGUGCCCCCGGGCGCUAAGUUCAUGGACUUUAAUUUCCUCUGGCACUAUUCGCGCGAUCUGCAGCAACAGAAGCUGUGGGCUCACGCUGAGCUGCCCAAAGAGCUGAGGGGAGCUCAAGCCAGCAACGGCAGCGAGACCGUCAAGGGUGGAAAGGGCGGUAGCAUGCUGACACUAGCCGGCAUCGAAUCGCCAGGCUUGACAUCUUCUCUGGCAAUUGGAGAGUUGGUAGGGGAUAUGAUUGCGGAGAGGGUGUGGGGACAUGGCGAUGCAGCAAAGAGGCAGGCAGAAAAGGAGAAGGUGAUACCCAAGGGAGCUCGCAACGAGGAGAUCGGUGCGCCAGCGCUCGACGCCUGGGCAUGAUACUUGGUAGCCUCACAGUUCCUGUACAUUCCCCAUUGCUUAUGAAUAUCUUUGACAAUCCAGAUAGAGUAUCCCCAGGCGGAAUU